AAAGAUCACAAACUAUAACCCCGCCCAUUUUUUGGUGUUCAGGUCAUCAAAAACAAAAUGGCGGACUCCGAUGACGACUUGGAAGAAAUGCGACGGCUUCGCAAUCUUGCGCGGGGCCAAAGUAGUACAACUGCAAUGAGAAGAGAUCAGGGAGAUGACUCCGAGGAAAGUUUCGCAAAACAAGAGGAUGAUAAUAUGGCAAGCGUGAUGGGAUUCUCUGGAUUUGGUAAAAAAGCAAGGACAUUUGACGUGAGUGCGAUGUUUGAGCAGACGCGACGGACAGCUCAACAGCUGACAGUGAAGAAACCAGACGAUUCUCCAAUGUCGGUAAAGCAUACUGGGAAAAGAGCCGAGCGUGCCAACAGUGCCGAAAGCAGCAACAGCGACGAUUCUGAGGACACAAGUGACAGUGAUACUGAGAUGAUCGGUCCGCCGAUGCCACCAGGUUUUCAAGCGCCGUCUGCGGCUGAAACAUCCACAUCUAAGAAGAAGCAAGCCAGCCUUGAUGAUGACGACGACGAUGAUGAUGAUGAGGAUGAUGAGGAAGAAGAUGAUGACGAUAAUCUCGUCAACAGAAUUCCUGCCUCUCAUGAAAUUGUACUGAAUCAUGGAGCUAAAACAGUUUCAGCCAUCAGUCUGGACCCGUCAGGUUCCCGGUUAGUGACCGGCGGCUUCGACUACGAGAUGAAGAUGUGGGAUUUUGCUGCCAUGGACUCUUCAUUGCACUCCUUCCGAUCGUUACAACCAUGCUCAAGUCAUCAGAUCAAGACCUUGCAGUACAGCAUCACCGGUGACUGCAUUCUAGUGGCUGCGGCUAAGGCUCAGGCUAAGGUCAUUGACCGGGAUGGCUUUGAGGUCAUGGAGUGCGCCAAAGGUGACCAGUACAUAGUGGAUAUGGCUAAAACAAAGGGUCAUGUUGCAUCUCUGAACGGUGCUUGCUGGAACCCUAAAGUCAAAGAGGAAUUCAUCACAUGUUCUGAUGAUGGGACUGUGAGGAUAUGGGAUUUCAACCAGCCCAAACGGCAGAAAGAGGUCAUCAAGUUUCGGUCAGUAGGCGGUCGGAAGACGGUACCCACGUGCUGUACGUUCAGCCGCGACGCCAAGCUGAUCGCAGCCCCUUGCCAAGACGGCAGUCUACAACUCUGGGACGUCAAAAAACCAUUUAUAAGGCCUACGUAUCACCAGAAGACGGCCCAUGCAGUAGGCAGUGACAGUACCUGUAUAGCAUUCUCCUAUGACAACAGCGUCUUUGCUACACGAGGAGGGGAUGACACAAUGAAGUUAUGGGACCUCAGAAACUUCAAGAGACCGAUUAACGUCACAACUGGCCUCACAAACUACUUCCCAGUGACGGACUGCGUGUUCAGCCCGGACGACAAGAUGCUGGUGACAUGCACCUCCGUCAAGAAAGGCCAAGGGGAGGGUAAACUCAUCUUUCUGGAUCGAGAAACAUUUGAUACGGUCACAGAGAUUCCGUGCGGUGACGUGGGUGUCGCCAGGUGUUUAUGGCAUCCCAAGCUGAACCAGAUCAUCGUUGGUUGCAGCAACGGAGAUGCCAAGAUUUUCUACGACCCAAACAAGAGUCACAGGGGUGCCAAGCUUUGUGUGGUCAAGAAGAAGAGGAAAGUCAAGGAGCUAGACAUAGUCAGAAACGAGAGCAUAAUCACACCCCACAUGCUGCGCAUGUACCGCAAGGACCAGCCUAAGCUACUGAUGUCAUACAAGCAAUCACAGAAGGACAGACAAGAUCCUGUCAAGUCACACAGGCCGGACCUGCCCCUCAAAUCAGGUCGUGGAGGCCGGGUAGGCUCAGGUGGGGCUAGCCUCUCGUCCUACGUUGCCAAAGUCAUCGCUGUCAACAAGAAAGACGACAGUAAUCCUAGAGAAGCCAUCCUACGUCAUGCCAAGGAGGCUUCCGAUAAUCCGUUCUGGAUCUCCCCAGCUUACUCCGAGACGCAACCUAAAGCCAUCUUCCAGGAGGAAUCCGAUGAGGAGGUGGAGGACAAUACCGACGUACCUCACUGGGCCAAGAAACAGAAGCUAGAUACCGAUAAAGACUCAUGAGAGAAGAGAAGACUGCCCUCUCUGAUCCUGUAAAUUCCCUUGGAGGUUUUGGUGUCCUGCAGUGUUUCUUACAAAUAGAGCUCUGAACAGUGGUCACAAAGUGGCAUCUUCUGCCCUCAUGCAAGAACUCCAAACUGAGAUGGGAAAUGGUCCUUCGUGUGCCUUUGUUGCGUGGCUAGAACGCCCUCAAUAGUUUGCUUACAAUGUUCUCGGGCCAUGACUAGCUCAACUGUAAACUGGAGACCUGACCUCAUAACACAAGUGUAUAUGAAGUCAGGCAACAGCCUUGUACUUCUGAUAUCUUAUUGGUUGCUAUGCUUCUUGGCCGUGUGCCCCCUCCCCUGAAGUUUGAUUGACCUACUUCUCUGCAUAUGCGUCAUGCUACUUUGAGUCUGUGUUUAGACUUGUACAUGGUUAGUGUGCACUGGUCAUUGAGACUAACUCUGUUGCACCAACUGAGGUGAAGGCAAAGCCAAAAGAAUAAAUAAAUAAAUUGUAAUGCUUAUAUAGCCCUUUCCAUCGUAUCAACAA